UCGAAGGCACGCCGCCGCAAUCGUAAUAAUAAUCAUUACGCCAAAUGCGGCUGAACAAUCGACGGCACGCAUUGUCGAAGCGGACGAAUGCGAUGUUAAUCAAGGUAUCUCGGUCGUAUUUGCGUCAUCCAGGAGCAUUAUAUGCAAGCGCAGGAAAAUAUAUGUCGCGUAAGAUAUGUGAAUGCUGCACUUUUUACGAUCGCCACAGGAUGGAAAUGAAUACUUAUUGUGGUCUCGACGAUUCGUUAAGAAAACAUGAUUUUGAAGAAGACCGCGAGUCUCCUGAUUGGAACUGCAGAGAGAGACCGCGUCCCGCUCCCGUCAUCGCCGUACUCCACGUCAGCUGAUUUUUCCUGCGACGACUGUCACAGAGGCCCGCAAACGUGCGCGUUUCUGCGGACUGGUCGGAGUAGUCCUCGAACGACCGUUGCGACGCGCGUACGCGCGACACGCGACACGCGUCAUCCCGCCUUCAUCCUCCGUACGUGUCUCGGUAUCGCGUGUUAUAAUUCCGUAUCGCGACGUCGACUGUCAUCUUUACGCGAAUCAUAGCUGCAAAUCAACGAAUGUGCGAAAUGUUCUCGAAGACGCCGUUUAACGCGUGCUCUCUUCUCGCAUGACGUAUCUCACGACGCAGUUAAAUGAAAUCGGCAUGGUGCGAUGAUUUAAAGGAGGAAGUUAUUAUCGAAUUUCCAUGGGAGACGUAAAACUUAUCUAAAACUAUACGAAAGUCUUUAGACGCGUAUCCAAUCAUUGAAAAGAGGAAACGAAAAUGACGUCUCGAAACAAGCGGAUUAAAAUUACGACCGUUGGCGAUGGUAUGGUUGGGAAGACAUGUAUGCUCAUCACGUACACGAAGAAAGAAUUCCCAACGGAAUAUGUACCUACUGUUUUCGAUAACUACGUUGACAGCGUAUGGGUGGGUGGACAACAAUUCGAAAUGACGUUGUGGGACACGGCUGGUCAAGAAGAUUACGAGAGGAUUAGACCGCUGUCGUAUCCAAAUACUGAUUGUUUCCUGGUCUGUUUCUCUAUAAACUCUCGUAGUUCUUUUGAAAACGUAGUGAGUAAGUGGCAUCCAGAAAUCAAAACGUAUUGCCCCAAUGUGCCGAUUGUACUCGUGGGUACCAAGGCAGAUCUUAGAAAUGAAGAAACUAUGGAUAUCAUCAGUCCGCGUGAUUGCAACAAAAUGAGAAGAAGGAUCAAGGCAAUCAAGUACGUCGAAUGUUCUGCAAUGAAACAGGAAGGUCUCGAAGAAGUUUUUGUGGAAGCUAUUAGAGCCAUAAUGAAAAAGCCGCCCUCGAGGAAGCUCUGUUGCAUCCUGUGAAACUGAUGCAUUUAGUUUGGAGAAUACAUCGCGCGAUUAUAAUUAUAAUUAUAAGUUUAUAAUUAUUAUUAUUAAGACCUAUGUUAAACCAAAGAUUUUCUUCGUACCUUCUGCUUCGCGUGCGUUUUUCUUGUACAUUUUGCCCUUAAUAAUUAUUCCUAAGAUAUAUACAUUAUUCUCUUUGUGUAUAAAUCAGAAUUCUCUUGCGUCGUGUAAAUACAUGUGCAAAAUUUUUAUAUGUAUCUAAUAUAAAUCUUUAUAUAUCUAUGAAA